UUCAAAAAGAUGGAUCUCUCUAAAUUAUAUCGCGGUCCCAUUGUUCUUCUCUUGAUCGUUUUUACCAAUGUUUUAUUAGCUAGUGCCUUCACGGGUACGUAUGGAGUCAACUAUGGAAGGAUAGCGGACAACAUCCCCCCUCCGGAGAGUGUUGUGACCCUUAUGAAGGCCUCCAAGAUUAAAAACACACGCAUAUAUGACGCCGACCAUGAAGUUCUCAAGGCCUUUAAAGGGUCAGGCAUUGAGAUCAUUAUUGGUCUUGGGAACGAGUUUAUAAAGGAUAUCAGCGCAAGCCAAGAUCGAGCCAUAGACUGGGUCAAACAAAAUGUAGAGCCGUUUGUACCCGGGACCCGUAUUCGUGGGAUUGCAGUUGGGAAUGAGGUGUUAGGUGGUGCUAAUCAAGAGCUUUGGGAGGUCUUAUUACCAGCUGUGAAGAAUAUCCAUACUGCCCUUGAGAACCUUCACCUAGCUGAUGAUGUCGAGGUUUCUAGCCCUCAUUCGGCUGGUGUGUUUGCGAGUUCAUUCCCUCCAUCCGCAGGGGCGUUUAAGGAAACCUUGGUUCCCUACAUGAAGCCCCUUCUUGAGUUUUUCUCACAAAUAAAAUCACCUUUCUAUAUAAACACAUACCCUUUUCUUGCGUACAUCAGUGACCCUGAACACAUUGAUAUAAACUAUGCCCUCUUUAACAAGAAUCCAGGCAUAUAUGAUUCAAAAACAAAACUGCAUUACGAUAACAUGUUUGAGGCGCAAAUUGAUGCUACAUAUGCUGCUUUAGAAAAAGCAGGAUUUGCUAAAAUGGAGGUUAUAGUAUCCGAAACGGGCUGGGCUUCACAUGGAGAUCCAAAUGAAGCAGGUGCUACAGUUAGCAAUGCAAGGACUUACAAUUUCAAUUUACGUAAAAGACUCCUUAAGAAGAAGGGUACCCCUUACAGACCCAAAAAGGUAGUCAAAGCAUAUGUUUUUGCCAUGUUUAACGAGAAUUUAAAGCCUGGCCCGACAUCUGAAAGAAACUUCGGGCUAUUCAAAGCAGAUGGUAGCAUUGCUUACGACAUCGGGUUCACUGGACUUGUACCCUCUUCAGCAACAUCUAGUUUCUCUUUCAAGGGCGCUGGGUUGAUAUAUGCAGUAUGUGCUGCAGCUUUAGUACUGCUAUAACCUCAUGACAACUCAAAUAUUUGUGCGAUCAAGCUUCAUAAUUUGAUAACCUAAUGGAACAAACACGAUCAUUGUGUUAAGUUUGUAGUGUUCAUAUACGUAGAGAGUAAUAUAUGUUAUUUG